GCAAGCGCAAACACAACCUUAGAAACUGGAAGGCACUGACUGCCCGUAUGUGCUUACUCCUUCCAUUCCGGAAUCUCAUUUUCGUAUGAUAUUGAAUGCUUGUCACUUGUUCGGCCACAAGACCAUAUAAACCACCUUCGUUCUACACUAAUUUCCACUUAGCUGUCAAUCUCACCGCUGGUUAGGUGCUCAUCCGGGACAUCAAGAUGGAAGAUAAGCGGAUCCCAGUCUGGCUGGACUGCGACCCAGGCCACGAUGAUACAUUCGCCAUCCUCCUAGCCGCCUAUCACCCAGCGAUCCGCAUUCUCGGCGUCUCAACCGUCUUCGGCAAUGCCUCGCUCGAAAAAACCACCCGCAACGCCACCUCCAUCCUAACCGCCAUCUCCAAAGCCUCCGAGAUCCCCGUAUACACUGGCGCGUCCAAGGCUCUCUUCCGCCCCGCCAUGCACGCACCAACCGACAUACACGGCGAGUCCGGACUAGACGGCACCGACCUCCUCCCCCCGCCCACCGUCCCCGCCCGCUCCGAACCCGCAGCCAUCGACGCCGCCUACUCAGCACUCAUGACCUGUCCCCCCGGAACAGCCUGGGUAGUAGCAACAGGCGCCUUCACCAACGCGGCGGCGCUGUUCCUCAAGUACCCACACCUGACGCGGCACGUGCGGGGGUUAUCGCUCAUGGGCGGCGCCGUGGGCGGCGGGUUCACGGGCGCCGUGCUGGGCGAGGUCGACGGCGUGCCCCGUGUGGGCAACUGGACACAGUUUGCUGAGUUUAACGUCCUGGCGGACCCGGAGGCCGCGGCGUUUAUUUUUGGCAACCGCGAGCUUGCCCGCAAGACGACGCUCAUUCCGCUGGAUGUGAGUCAUUUGGUUUUGACGACGGCAGAGGUUAGGGAUUUGUUGCUGUACGGACGGGAGGCGGUGGAACGCGGGGAGGUGGUGAUGAACGGGGUUGCGGGGGAUCAAGGGGUGGGGGCAAAGGGGAAGAGUAGGUUGAGGGUUAUGCUGGUGGAGCUGUUGAUGUUCUUUGCAAAGACGUAUAGCGAGGUCUUUGGUAUCACCGAAGGGCCGCCGCUACACGACCCCCUGGCGGUUGCCGCUGUCCUGACCGGACUCGGCGAUCAGCACGAGAUCCCCUUCUGCGACUAUGACCCCGCUGGUGAGCCGGGCCUGCAGCAGAGGGAGCGCUAUGAGGUCAGCGUUGUCACUGAGGGCACCUACGAGGAGGCCCGCGCUGGAGCCCAGACCGGGCAGAUCACGGCGCGGCUGCUUCCACCCGGCGAGGAGGGAGUAAGGAUACCCCGGAGUCUGGACAUUCCGCUGUUCUGGAGAGUCUUGGAAGAGUGUGUGUCGAGGGCCGAUGCGGCUAAUGCUGCUGCCGCUGCCGCUGCCGCAUCAGCAACUGUUUGAUGGGAGAAACUCUCGGUUGAGCUGUACGC